AUGCAUAAGGGAAACAUCAGCUCAGUGACUGAAUUUCUCUUACUGGGUUUUUCUGUUCUUGGAAAAAACCCAACUGUGAUUUUCAUGAUUUUUUCCCUUGUGUAUGGCACAAUCCUGGUCUUCAACAUCACCAUCAUGUCAGUUAUAUUGGUUGACCGGACCCUACAUAGCCCUAUGUAUUUUUUGCUCUUUGCAUUCUCAGUGUCAGAAACCAGCACCACAUUUGUUACCAUUCCCAAGCUUCUAGUGACUCUGCUGACAGGGCAUCAGUCCAUUUCUUUUACUGGAUGUGCUAUGCAGGUAUUUUGGUUCUUUGGCCUGGGAGCAAACAACUGUUUCCUGCUAGUAGCUAUGGCUUAUGAUCGAUAUGUGGCAAUAUGUUACCCACUUCAGUACCAAGUCCUGAUGAACAAUAGGACAUGUGCCAAACUGGUAGCUGCUUCAUCCGUGAUAGGAUUUAUCAUAUCACUGAGCAUUGAUGCCCUAAUCUUUCGCUUACCCUUCUGUGGACCCAAUGGAAUCAGACAUUUCUUCUGUGAUCUCUCACCUGUUUUGAGACUAGCUUGUACUGACAUCUACCUGACAAGUGUUGUGAUUGUUAUUUUCUGUGCCAUUGUUUUGUUGGCAACAGUUAUACUGAUCAUUAUUUCAUAUAUCUACAUCCUCUCUGCUAUCUUAAAGAUCCAGUCAAGCAUAGGCAGACGGAAAGCCUUCUCUACCUGUGCCUCCCACCUCACUGUAGUGGUAACACAUUUUGGUUGUGCUUCUUUUGUGUAUUUGAGACCUAAGUCUGUGUCUUCAUUAGAUCAGGACACAGUGAUCUCAGUGGGUUUUGUCUUUCUAACUCCUCUGUUGAACCCAAUGAUAUAUAGCUUAAGAAACAAGGAAGUUAAAUUUGCCAUUAAAAAACUACUAAGAAAUUCAUUCUGUUUCCAGAAAUUCUGA